AUGUCUGCGAAGUCAACUCAAGGCCCUGGUGGCAAGAAGCCUGCAUCAGCAGCGACGAACUUGAUCGCCGGUGGCGGCGCUGGAAUGAUGGAAGCUCUCGUGUGCCAUCCGUUGGAUACGAUCAAAGUGCGAAUGCAACUUUCAAGGCGCGCGCGUGCUCCUGGAGCAAAACCACGCGGCUUCCUCACAACGGGCACCGAGAUCGUAAAAAGGGAGACACCUUUGGGCUUGUAUAAAGGACUCGGAGCGGUCUUGACAGGAAUUGUUCCGAAGAUGGCAAUACGAUUCACAAGUUAUGAGUGGUAUAAACAGAUGCUUGCCAAUCAGGAAGGUUUUGUCACUGGACAAGCAACCUUUUUUGCUGGUCUAGCUGCUGGCGUGACUGAAGCGGUCGCGGUGGUUACACCUAUGGAAGUUGUCAAAAUCCGAUUGCAAGCACAGCACCAUUCGAUGGCCGACCCGCUUGACGUUCCAAAAUACCGCAACGCUGCGCAUGCACUAUACACGGUAGUCAAAGAGGAGGGCUUCGGGGCGCUAUACCGCGGAGUUUCUCUGACCGCCCUACGUCAAGGUUCUAACCAAGCAGUCAACUUCACAGCGUACUCUGAAUUCCGAGCACGACUCCAAGCCUAUCAUGGAACGACAGACCUAGCGAGUUACGAGACCAUGUUGAUCGGCUUGGUGUCAGGUGCCAUGGGACCACUUAGCAAUGCGCCUAUCGACACUAUCAAGACGAGGUUGCAAAAGACACCGGCGGAACCGGGACAAAGUGCUGUUCAAAGAAUUAUGAACAUCUCCAAGUAA